ACUCAGAGGAAUUGUCUACAGAGGAACUUCAGCAACUUCCGGCUGAGCAACAGAGGAUGGCAGCUGAGGAGCUUUCUGAAGAGGAGGGGGAAUAUCAGUAAACAGUGCAGCAAACUUCUUCUGAAAUAAAGGAAAUCCUGAGAAAUGGACAGAGCUACAAACAUUUGUAGAGAAGACCCACCCAGACAGAGAAAAAGCCAAUCGUUACAUUCACUUGCUUGGUGACAAUGUCAUGUCAUACAGCAGAACAGAGUUAAAGACAGAAACAGACAACCUCAGACCAGGUUUUAGUUCUGGAAAGGUGGAGACCUUUGAGCCAGAAGCAGGUCUCACUGGGCUACAGACUCCCAAAGAGAGAGAGAACACAAGAGAUCCAGAUUCCUGAUGUUCUUAUGGAAGGGGACUCUCCUUCCAAACAAUAACCACCUUCCAGUUCAACUUCGCUUACUGCAAGUCAAAUGUGUUACGAAUAAUUCUCGGGUUGUGGGACUCUUGGCUCAGCUGGAGAAGAUCAAUACUGAAUCUGCAGAAUCAGAUACUGGUAGACAUGUUACAUCAAAAAUUCUUCAUCUGGUUCAAAGUCAAGAAAAAACAAGGAGAGAAAUGACAGCCAAAGGUUCUACGGCAGUAGAUGUUCUGCUGUCAACCUUAGAGAACACGAAAGAUCUUCAAACUACGCUAAAUAUUUUAAGCAUUCUGGUUGAGCUGGUAUCAGCUGGUGGAGGCCGAAGAGGAAGUUUCUUAGUUGCCAAAGGUGGUUCACAGAUACUGUUACAAUUACUUGUGAAUGCCAGCAAAGAAUCUCCCCCACAUGAAGAGCUGGUGGUCCAGGUUCAUUCUGUUCUUGCCAAGAUUGGACCAAAAGAUAAAAAAUUUGGAGUGAAAGCUAGAAUUAAUGGAGCGCUGAACAUAACCCUGAAUUUGGUAAAACAGAAUUUGCAGAAUCAUCGCUUGGUUCUACCUUGUCUUCAGCUUUUACGAGUAUAUUCUGCCAACUCUGUGAAUUCAGUAACCUUAGGGAAAAACGGAGUUGUGGAACUGAUGUUUAAAAUCAUUGGACCAUUUAGUAAGAAGAAUUCAGGUCUUAUGAAGGUUGCUUUAGACACUCUUGCUGCAUUGCUAAAAUCAAAAACAAAUGCCAGGAGAGCUGUAGACAGAGGAUAUGUCCAAGUGCUUUUAACAAUUUAUGUAGAUUGGCACCGCCAUGAUAAUCGACAUAGAAACAUGCUUAUUCGGAAAGGAAUUUUGCAGAGCUUAAAAAGUGUUACAAACAUCAAGUUGGGAAGAAAAGCCUUUAUCACUGCCAAUGGGAUGAAGAUUCUGUAUAACACCUCACAAGAGUGUUUGGCAGUCCGGACUCUUGAUCCUCUUGUAAAUACUUCCAGUCUGAUAAUGAGGAAGUGUUUCCCCAAAAAUCGCCUGCCACUUCCAACAAUUAAAAGUUCUUUCCAUUUCCAGUUACCAGUUAUGCCUGUGAGUGGACCUGUGGCCCAGCUUUACAGUUUACCCCCUGAAGUGGAUGACGUAGUAGAUGAAAGUGAUGACAACGAUGAUAUUGAUUUAGAACCUGAAAAUGAAAUCGAAAAUGAAGACGACCUAGAUCAGAAUUUUAAGAAUGAUGAUAUUGAAACAGAUAUUAACAAAUUAAAACCACAGCAAGUACCAGGACGAACAAUAGAUGAACUAAAAAUGUAUGAACACCUCUUCCCUGAGCUUGUUGAUGAUUUCCAGGACUAUGAUUUAAUCUCCAAAGAACCAAAGCCUUUUGCAUUUGAUGGGAAAGUACGUGGCCCUAUUGUUGUUCCCACAGCUGGAGAGGAAGCAUCUGGGAAUGUGGGCAGUUUAAGAAAAGGAGCUGUACUGAAGGAGAAAGUAUCUCCUAAAAGAGAAGAAGAUGAGAAGAAGCCUGCCUCUGUGGGUAUAGCAAGAGAAGAUGUUAAAGAUAAUGACAGAGCAUUACAGCAGCCGUCAGAUGAUCAGAACAAAACUUUUCCAUCUGCCUCUGGUUUAAACAGCGAUAUUGUGAAGGCCUUGGACAGAAUCACAUUGCAGAAUAUUCCCACACAGACAGCCCCAGGCUUGACUGCGGGAAUGAAGAAGGACUGUGGUCUCCCGCUUACUGUUCUUACAUGCACCAAAGCCUGUCCUCAUAUGGCCACUUACGGGAAUGUUCUCUUUGAGGGCCGGACAGUUCAGCUGGGGAAGCUCUGCUGUACUGGAGUUGAAACAGAAGAUGAUGAAGAUACUGAGUCUAAUUCAUCAGUUGAACAAGCAUCAGUUGAAGUACCUGAUGGACCAACCCUUCAUGACCCAGACCUCUAUGUUGAGCUUGUGAAGAACACAAAGUCUGUCCCAGAAUAUUCAGAGGUCGCCUAUCCUGAUUAUUUUGGUCACAUUCAGCCUCCGUUCAAAGAGCCUAUCUUAGAAAGGCCCUAUGGUGUACAAAGGACAAAAAUUGCCCAAGAUAUUGAGAGGCUAAUACAUCAGAGUGACAUCAUAGAUCGGGUGGUAUAUGACUUAGAUAACCCAAAUUACACAAUUCCAGAAGAAGGAGAUAUUUUGAAGUUUAACUCCAAAUUUGAAUCUGGGAAUCUACGCAAAGUAAUUCAAAUUAGAAAAAAUGAAUAUGAUCUUAUUCUUAACUCCGAUAUAAACAGCAAUCAUUAUCAUCAGUGGUUUUACUUUGAAGUCAGUGGAAUGAGACCAGGUGUGGCUUACAGGUUUAACAUCAUUAACUGUGAAAAGUCCAACAGUCAGUUUAAUUAUGGUAUGCAACCACUCAUGUAUUCAGUUCAGGAAGCAUUAAAUGCCAGACCAUGGUGGAUUCGGGUGGGAACUGACAUUUGUUACUAUAAAAAUCACUUCUCAAGAAGUUCAGUUGCUGCAGGUGGGCAAAAAGGAAAAUCUUACUAUACCAUUACAUUCACUGUCAAUUUUCCACAUAAAGAUGAUGUUUGCUACUUCGCUUAUCACUAUCCAUAUACAUAUUCUACUUUACAGAUGCAUCUUCAAAAAUUGGAAUCAGCACACAAUCCUCAGCAAAUCUAUUUUCGAAAAGAUGUGUUAUGUGAAACCCUGUCUGGAAACAGCUGUCCCUUGGUGACUAUAACCGCAGUGCCAGAGUCUAAUUAUUAUGAGCAUAUCUGUCAAUUCAGAAGUCGCCCGUAUGUAUUCUUAUCUGCUCGGGUCCAUCCUGGAGAAACCAAUGCAAGUUGGGUUAUGAAAGGAACAUUGGAAUAUCUCAUGAGUAAUAACCCUACUGCUCAGAGCUUACGAGAGUCCUAUAUAUUUAAAAUUGUUCCUAUGCUAAAUCCAGAUGGUGUCAUCAAUGGAAAUCACCGCUGUUCUUUAAGUGGAGAGGAUUUGAACAGACAAUGGCAAAGUCCAAAUCCAGAUUUACAUCCUACAAUUUACCAUGCGAAAGGGUUGCUUCAGUACCUUGCUGCAGUGAAACGUUUACCUCUGGUUUAUUGUGAUUAUCAUGGCCAUUCCCGAAAGAAGAAUGUGUUUAUGUAUGGCUGCAGUAUCAAAGAGACAGUGUGGCAUACCAAUGACAAUGCAACUUCAAGUGAUGUUGUGGAAGACAUGGGAUACAGGACUUUGCCGAAAAUACUGAGCCAUAUUGCUCCAGCAUUUUGUAUGAGCAGCUGUAGCUUUGUAGUAGAAAAAUCUAAAGAGUCCACAGCACGGGUUGUGGUUUGGCGGGAAAUAGGAGUGCAGAGAAGUUAUACCAUGGAGAGCACCCUGUGUGGCUGUGAUCAAGGGAAGUACAAGGGGUUACAGAUUGGUACUCGAGAAUUAGAAGAGAUGGGAGCCAAAUUUUGUGUUGGUCUAUUGCGUUUGAAAAGACUGACAUCCUCUUUGGAGUAUAACCUGCCCUCCAGUCUGCUUGACUUUGAAAAUGACUUAAUUGAAUCAGACUGCAAAGUAACUAGAAUUAGACCCUGCUCUGACCUGAAUGGACUUUAUGUACACCGAUCUGUGCCCAGCUGGGGGAGCAGCACUGUGGCCAUGCUGUCCUUAGAUCUCAUGGCUGUCGCUCACCCACCCACACACCAUGUGGAUCUGUCCUCUUCCUGCUGUGGCCGGGCAUCUCCAUGGUUCUGGUUGGUUUCCCAGCACCAGUUCCAGUACACAGCUUUUGAGCACAUAUGUCUCCUCCGUGCAUUUUCAUUAUCAUUUCUUCUCCAGCAAGAAGCCCUACCACUUACGUUAUGGACGAAGAUGAACCUCGAUUCCUUGAAGAAGUUGAUUACAGUGCAGAAAGUAAUGAUGAGUUAGACAUUGAAUUGGCUGAAAACGCAGGAGAUUAUGAACCUUCUGCUCAAGAAGAAGUGCUUUCUGACUCUGAAUUAUCACGAACCUUCUUACAUUGAGCCUUCUGCCAUCUCUUAUUAAUUGCAAAGAAGAAAUGAAAUGUCUUGGUUUAUAAUAGACAGAAAAUUUGAGAGAAAUGAGCUUACAAAGAACUGACUCAAAAAGACAAGUAACUUGGGCCUGUUUGGUUUCAAGACAAUAAAUAUAUUACUAAUUCAUGAUAAAACUGGUACUUGUUUUAUUUGAGAUGUUCAGUGUGCUUUAUAUAGCAUUGAAUUAUCAAAUAAUGGAUUUCCUUGAAAAAGAACCCUGAAUAUCAUUGCAUGAAUUUCUAUCACCUUUGGUUAUAUUGUGCAUCAAAUGGAUAAUUUUGAAGUUAUCAGAAUAUAAAAUUAAAUUCUAGAGUUGCUGAAAACUAAUAUAUAUGUAUGUGGAUUUCUAUAGAUGUGUUUGUGUGUAGGUGGAUAGAUAUUGAAGAUAAGGCUGUUCUUCAGAAUCAUGUCAACUGUUGGAUUGUGACUAAAGUAAUUCAGAAUUUGCCCUGAAACCAUUACAUUCUACAUUUAACAAAUUAAAUAAAACUAUAUUAAACACUGUA